AUGGGCCAACAAUUCAGCCAAUUCUUCCCCCCAGCCCCCGCCUUCACGGAGACCUCCCUCCCCAAUCUCAGCGGAAAAGUCUUCAUCGUCACAGGCGCCUCAGCGGGUAUAGGAAAAGAGCUCUCGCGUCUCCUGUACACGCACAACGCGACGGUCUAUCUUGCCGCGCGGUCCGCCGAAAAAGCGCAUGCAGCGAUAUCCUGGAUCAAAGAAGCAUGCCCCGAAUCCAAGGGAAACUUACAAUACCUCCAUCUGGAUCUCGACGACCUCUCCGGUAUCAAAGCCUCCGCCGAGUCUUUCUUGGCAAAAGAAUCGCGAUUGGAUGUUUUGUUCAACAACGCAGGCGUCAUGGUACCCCCCGCUGGAAGCACGACGAAGCAAGGGUAUGAACUGCAACUCGGCACGAACUGCGUUGCGCCGUUCUUGUUUACCAAGCUACUCACGCCGGUAUUGCUCGAAACAGCAAAGAAGGAGGCAAAAGGAAGUGUUCGCGUAAUCUGGGUGAGUUCAAUUGCGGCGCAGAUGAGCGCACCACCUGGCGGAGUGGACAUGAGCAAUCUGGAGUAUACCAAGAAUGUGAAUAAUUGGACAAAGUAUGGCAUGAGUAAAGGUGGGAACGUAUUCCACGCCUUGAUGUAUCAGAGGAAGUAUGGCGGCGAGGGGAUUGUUAGUCUGGCGCUUAACCCGGGAAACCUCAAGUCGGAGCUUGCACGCAACAUGAAUCCGGUGCGUCAUGCUUGUUUGAUGUGGCUCUUAUACCCGGCUGUCAAUGGUGCAUACACCGAGCUGUUUGCUGGUCUCGCACCUGAGGCUGCAAAGCUCAAAGAGGGUGAGUGGGUCAUUCCGUGGGGAAGGGUUGGGACGCUGAAGAAGGAUUAUUGGUCUGAGGCGGGAAACAAGACGGCGAGAGCGUUUUGGGAGUGGAGUGAGAAGCAGGUGGAGCAGUAUGCUUGA